CCCACCCCCGCGGCAGGCCGGCGGGCAGGCUCCGCGCGUCCCUUCCGUCCCGCCCGCGCCGGCGGUGGGGAGGCGGCGCGCGCGGCCCGCAGCCCGCCCAUGGAGGCUUUCCCCUGGGCGCCCCACUCGCCCCGCCGCGGCCGCGCCCCCCCGCCCAUGGCGCUCGUGCCCAGCGCCCACUACGUGAGCGCCCAGGGCCCAGCGCACCCGCAGCCCUUCAGCUCGUGGAACGACUACCUGGGGCUUGCCACGCUCAUCACCAAGGCGGUGGACGGCGAGCAACGCUUCGGCUGCGCCCGCGGCGGAAACGGAGACCGCGGCGGCGGCGGCGGCGGCUCCCCGCCCUCCUCUUCCUCCUCGUCCUGCUGCUCCCCCCACGCGGGGACCGGGCCCGGGGCGCUGGGGCCAGCGCUGGGGCCGCCGGACUACGAAGAGGAUGACGACGACAGUGACGACCCGGGGUCCCGGGCCCGCUACCUGGGGGGCGCGCUGGACCUGUGCGCGGGCCCCGCCGAGGCCGGGCUGCUGGAGGAGCGCUUCGCCGAGCUGAGCCCGUUCGCUGGGCGCGCUGCCGCGGUGCUGCUGGGCUGCGCGCCCGCCGUGGCGGCCACCGCCGAGGCGGCACCACGCGAGGAGCGGGCCCUGGCGUGGGCGGCCGAACCCCGGCUGCACGCCUCCUCCGGGGCGGCCGCCGCCCGGCUGCUCAAGCCCGAGCUGCAGGUGUGCGUGUUUUGCCGGAACAACAAGGAGGCGGUGGCGCUCUACACCACCCACAUCCUGAAGGGACCCGACGGGCGAGUGCUGUGCCCGGUGCUGCGCCGCUACACGUGCCCCCUGUGCGGUGCCAGCGGCGACAACGCGCACACCAUCAAGUACUGCCCGCUCUCCAAAGUGCCGCCGCCCGCCGCCCGGCCGCCGCCGCGCUGCCCCAGGGACGGCCUGCCCGGCAAGAAGCUGCGCUGAGCCCGGCCGGAGGCCGCCGGGGUCGCCGCCUGCCCCCUCUCCUUUCUGGUCUGCGCCCCAUCUCGUCCUGCCGGGGAGGCGUGGAGCUCAGUCCUUGGUUCUACCUGGGAUGUCGUCUUGGUUUUUUUUCCGAAGCAAGCCGGCCGUUCGGAGUCCUGUGGUUGAGACAAGACGCUAAAAUCUUGAUUUAUCUCUGGUUUCUAGUCUGUGCACAUCCGGACGGUGAAGGCUGUGUGUCCCACUAACUGAAAUGUGGCAACUUAGAGGCGCUAUUUAUUUACUCUAUACUUCGACCUAUUUUAGAUGCGCAUCGGUAUGAAAUUUGUCUAAUCUUGGAUGUUUAAUUUUAUUAAUGGAGGCACUUUACUAGGUCUAGAAUAUUUUUUUAAAAGCCUCUUUAUUGAACUUAGAACUGGCGAUUUUAUGGAGUGUCGGCAAAAUGACUUUUAUUGUUUGAAAAGGUAUUUAGUUGUCCUUAAUCAGUUAUUCUAAUUCCAGGUGAAGCAGGCUCCUGGUAGAAUCCGUUUUGAGAAGUGAAGGUUUAGUCAACUUUCCGGUAUUGCUUUGGGUGGGCAUUCCCUCCUUGUGGCUUGUUUCUGUCCUAGCUGGAGGUGUAAAAAUGCACAAUCUGUAGCAGGUAGAACACAGCUCCUUAUUCUCUUAUGUACCAGAUCUUUUAUUACUAAACUAGAAACUGACAUUUUUCACCUUUAAAAAAUGUGCCGCUAUAAAUCAUGUUGUGUACACACUUGGAAAUGGUGCUGUUAAGAGAAACUGACUUGUGUAUUUAUACAGUAACAGUAUAUGAAUUCAUUAACCUUACCUAUAACUUUGCUACUUGGCUUUUUGUCUAUGCACCUCCCCCUUUCCGGUUCUGUAAAAACACUGUGAUACUGAGAUCCAGAGGGAGCUGAAUUGACCCUGACUCACUCCAUGUCAGGGUUCCCAACCAGUGGAAAGCUCAUUCCACCUGUUGCCUUUCAAACUAAAUGGAAGAUGAAGUCCUCUGCACUCCGGAAGGUUAAUGUAAUGAUCUGUGUUCAAGAAGGUUCCACUCUGGGCUGCCUGGCUUCAAGGCAGUCCUCAAACCAGACUAAACAUUAAAUACGGAAUUGGGGGUUGGAGACAAGGGGCAAAACCUCCCUGUGUUCCCAUUCUCACUGGAAGACCCCAGUCUGUUUCUGGAACCCAACCAGUUACCCAUACAUGAGAUUAAACCUGAUCCUUAAGCAAAGGUUCUUAACCGCUACUUUACCUCCCACCCUCAUUUUUAAACCCACCAAGUUAAAUGCCAUACCAUGACAUUAACUAGAUCAAGCCAGGAGG